AUGGCCUCCUCCACAGAGCCCUUCGACGAGUCCAUCUCCGCCCGCAUAACCCCCGAGUCCCCAAUCGAAACCUCCGAGAUCCUCCUGCGCGCCUGGCAGCACGACACCCCGGCCAUCAAGAAGCUGCUCGACGCCCCGGGCAAGGCCUCCGUCCAGGACCCAAAGACGGGCGAGACGCCCCUGCACGCGGCCAUCCGGUCCUGCGGGCCCGCGUCCGACCCCGAGGCCAGCAAGGAGGCCGUCGAGAAGGCCAAGGAGACGGUGCAGGAGCUCAUGCUCUGGGGCGGCAUAUGGAACGACGUCGACGACCACAACGAGACGCCCGGCUGCGUCGCGCUGCGCCUGGGCCAGACCGAGCUGUACGAGCUGUGCGUCCAGGCCGGCGUGCGCGCCGAGCUCCUGUUCGGCCUGCUCGAUGGCUAUGAGGAGCUGAGCUCUGGGUCCGAGGCCGACGACGAGGAUAUGGCGGAUGCAGAGGCAGAGGCAGAGGGGGAAGAGGGCGACGAGCCAGCCCACGUCGAGGUCGAGUACGACGGCCCCACCGGCCCGCCCGAGGACGGUGACGACGCGCCCGAGCUGGUCGAGGCCGCGGAGCCCAAGAAGUUCGAUCCACCCAGGCCCGACGCCGAGACGGACGUCAAGAGCGAGAAGUACCUGCGCUCCAAGCUGACCUACUCGGACGGGAAGCUGGUGGACGACGACGGCAACGGCGUGAUGAUGGCCUGGGAGACGGACAUCAUGCGCCGCAGCGUCGACGCCCUCCUGCCCGGGAAGGCCCCCGGGAAGAGGAUCCUGAAUGUUGGGUUCGGAAUGGGCAUCAUUGACAGCAUGUUCGCCGAGACGAAACCCGCGCGGCACCACAUCAUCGAGGCGCACGAGGAGGUCCUCGAGCAUACCUCGUCGCCCGGGUCGAGCUUCGGCGCCGGGUGGGAGGCGAGCGGCCCGGAGGAGGGCGCCUACAAGAUCCACAGGGGCCGCUGGCAGGACAUCGUGCCCAUUCUGCUGGAGCACGGCGAGGUGUACGAUGCGGUCUACUUCGACACCUUCGGCGAGGACUACAGCCAGCUCCGCAAGUUCUUCACCGAGUAUAUCCCUGGCCUGCUGGACCAGGAUGGUAUCUUUGGCUUCUUCAACGGCCUCGGCGCGGAUAGGCGGGUCUGUUACGACGUCUACACCAAAGUCGUAGAGAUGCACAUGGCCGACGCCGGCAUGGAUGUUGAGUGGAAUGAGAUUGACGUAGACUUGAAGGGAUUGGAGGAGGCCGGCAAGGGCGAGUGGGAGGGUGUCAAGAGGAGGUAUUGGACACUGGACAAAUAUCGACUGCCUGUCUGCACCUUUUUGGGCUGA